AUGACAGGACGAAGCCCAACAAUUACUAUGGAUAUAUCAGGCCGUGAAGUUACCUGCAUGAGGCGAAUAUUUGAAAGAGAACCAAAAUCUUUGUUAUUAGAAAUGGUAAAACAGACAGGAAGUGAAAAAAUAUUUAUAGAUCGUGAUCCGAAUAUAAUGUUAUUAAUAAUUAAUGCAUUACGUCAUCCACAACUUAGAAUUAUUGCACCUGAUAACUUUGAUAAUUGGAACAAAUUAAAAGAAGAAACAAUUUAUUGGAAAUUAGAAAAUAUUACUGAAAAUGUAUUAAAACAAAAUCCACAAAUGAAUACAAUUACCGUUGCAUAUCAUGGUACAUUAAUGUUUGGUAAACAAGGUUUGUCAUGUGAUGUCAAUUUUAGAAAAAUAAUGAGAAUUCUCAUUUGUGGGAAAACUAAUAUAUGUAGAGAAGUUUUUGGUGAUACCUUGAAUGAAACAAGAUACGGUUGUGGGAUGGUUGAAGAAAAUUAUACAUCAAGAUUUUAUUUAAAACAUACUUAUCUUGAGCAAGCAUUCGAUUGUCUUAUGUUUAAUGGAUUUAAAUUUGUUUCAGCAUCUACCAUGACACCUCAAGGAAUGCCAGAUGCUAGAUACCAUGAUGAUCACCGAUUUAUGCACUAUAACCAAUUUGUAUUUCAAAGAAAAAGAUAA